AUGGCACAUUUGAACAAAGUGAACAAUCAAUGCAAAUGGAAGAUGCAAAUAAACAAAAACGCAAUACCUUCCGCUUUUGUUCCUGUUCAAUGUCUUCCGUCAUUUUUCAGUGUUGAGAACAAUGUCAGUAACACAUUUGGAAGAACUACAAUGAUGUUAAAAAAUGAAGAAGAAGAGUCACAGAGGAGUGGAGGAAUAGAAAGUAAUGGGAAUCUAAAGGGUAUCCGACCGCAUGACGCAGUGGAGAAGAGUGGGAACUUAACCACUCCUGCUUUCGUUCCGGUUCCAGAUUUGCCAUUUACUUUCGAAACUCCCAACCUUCUUAGAAAUCGAGCAAUGCAAGAACACCAGAUCCAAAACGAAAGUGUUAUCUUCGGACAAUCAGUCAUACAAAGUGUACAAGAACAAGUACAAACACCAUCCAAUAAAACUAUUGAAAACAACCCAAUCACAAAUACUUUACUACAACAAAGUGAUUAUAACAACUUCGACGAUAAUCAAACUUUUUCAUCUGACACUGAAAAUAUGUCAUUAGAACAAAACUCAGACGAAGAAAGUGAUAGCGAAUUUGAAGAUACAAAUAAUGAUUAUAUUGUUCAAAAUGAAAAUGAUGAAAAGGAGGAAAGAGAAGAUGAAAAAAGAUAA